AUGUCGGCCGGCACAUCCUUUAAGACCCCACCGCCAUCGACGCUCUCGACAAAGAUCCUCUUCCCCACGCCAUCGACACUUCUCAUUGUGCUCAACAACCCCAAGUCACUAAACUGCCUGUCUAACGCCGUGCACUGGUCGCUCGACGCGCUCCUCUCGUGGUACGACAACGAACCGAGCCUGCGAUGCGCGAUCAUCACCGGCGCGGGCCGGGCAUUCUGCGCGGGUGCGGACCUGAAGGAGUGGAACGAGAGCAACGCGCGGGCGGCGAAGGGCGACGGGUCCGGACAGCGGGUGAUGCCGGCGAGUGGCUUUGGAGCGGUGAGUCGUCGCGCUGGGAAGAAGCCGUUGAUCGGCGCGAUCAAUGGGCUGGCGUUUGGUGGUGGAAUGGAGAUGGUGGCGAACCUGGAUAUGGCCGUGGCUGCAAAGAGUGCGCAGUUCAGUCUGCCCGAGGUCAAACGUGGCGUCGUGGCUAUCGCUGGUGCGCUGCCUAGAAUUGCUAGGACUUUGGGCAGACCACGAGCGAUGGAGCUGGCCUUGACGGGGAGGACGGUGACGGCAGCGGAGAUGAAAGAAUGGGGGAUGGUCAAUGCUGUCACCGAUGAUGCUCCGGCUGAUGCAGAUGUUCUUGCACGGCCCGUGGUUAAAAAGGCUCUGGACUAUGCGGAACAAAUCAGCAGCAAUUCGCCUGACAGUGUAAUCAUCAGUCGGGCCGGUGUGAUCGCCGGAUGGGAAGAUGGAUCCGCGGAACAUGCAAGUACAAGCAUUCUGGAAAUUUGGCAGGGGAGGCUGAACGAAGGAGAAAAUAUCCACGAGGGCGUCAGGGCAUUCGUAGAGAAAAGAGCUCCAAGAUGGGUUGGGUCUAAAUUGUAG